GGGAGAAACAAUGGCCCACUGGACCUUGAAGGGGAAUCAGAGCCCCAGCACCGACAGCAACCAGCCCAUGGGACAUGGACACACUGGGGCAGCUGGAGUGCUUGUUCCAGUACCUGCGGGGACGGCGUCUCCUUCCGGAUCCGGAGGUGUAUCAGCUGCCAACCUCUGUGACCUUAACUGCCUGGCGAUGGGGCACAAUUUUUACUACAGCUUUGGCCGAGUCCUGGAUGGGACCCCCUGCAGCCCAGCAUCGCCAGAACUCUGCAUCAGCGGCCGCUGCGUGAGAGCCGGCUGCGAUGGGGUCCUGGGCUCCGAGGCAUGGGCCGAUGCCUGUGGUGUCUGUGGGGGCAGGAACGAGUCCUGCGUCUUCAUCCAGGAAGCCAUCCGGGCGGCGGUUCCCGCCUCUGAUCCCUCUGGGUACAGGAACGUGACCCAGAUCCCGGCUGGAGCCAGAGAGAUCAGGGUGAUGGACAACAGCCGCAACUAUCUCGCCCUGAUGGACGCAAGCCAGCAUUAUGUCCUCAGUGGGGAGUGGGCCGUGGAUCAGCCAGGCGCAUUCAAGGCAGCAGGCACCCAGUGGCAUUACACUCGCACGGUUAAUGGGCACGAAACCCUUGAGGCAGCCGGACCCACAAGCCAGGAUCUGUUUGUCAUGGUCCUUUUUCAGGAGGAGAAUCUCAGCAUAGAUUACCAGUACUGGGGGCCAAGGAAGCAGACCGUCCACCGUGCACAGGGGGAGGAGGCCCGUGCUCUGCGCCAGCCCCAGGCCAGGGAGGUAGAGGCCCAGCACACACAAGAGCCUGCAGACUUUCCUGAAGCCACAGCAGCGAUGCGCCAUUUCACCAAGGCCCAGGAGAUGGCCAAGGAGGCACCGCGGAAGGUCACCCCAGCACCCCUGAGGACUCCUACAGCGCCAGGACCCUGCGGGAAGUGCGAGCCGCCGAGAGGGAAGUCGCAACGCCUCCACCACUACUGCAACAGCGACUUCGUCUUCCGCGCACGGAUCCUCUCGAAGCGCUACGUGGGCUCCGAGACACGCUACGACCUGCAGGUGCUGCAGACGUACCGCAACCGCUUCCCGCUGCGCUCGCGUGAGUACCUCUGGGUGCCCAACACCUGUGACUGCCCCCACCUGCUGGAGCGGCGCGAGUACCUGCUCAUGGCGCGGAACCACGUCAACUUCGAGCAGACCCUCAACCGUCUCCUGUUGCAGCGCGGCGGCUAUGCCCGGCCCUGGUCGCCCCGUGAAGACUUGCUGCUUCGCGACGCCGCCCCGCGUUGCCGGCCCGGCCCUCCGGCCUGAGAGCCUCCGCCCGCUGAAGGGAGCCCCGCGACUAUUGAACGCGUCACGGAUGCCCAGUUUGCCCUGCCUGGCAGGAAAGCGUAGACGCCAAACUCCGCUGCCGAUGCGCUGGCCUUCUGACCGACCGUGCCGGCACAUCCUGCUGCCGUCGAAGCACAUCCAAGCCGGGCGACUCCGAGAGGCUCUCCUGGCCCGCAGGGACCAAGCAAAAGGGGUCUGAUGGAUCAUCCCCGUGAUCGUCCCCCGCAAGCGCCUCUAAGCCCCAGGCGCCCAGUGGCCUCCGCCGUUUGGCUCCCUUGGCCCAUGCUGCCCCCGGGUGGAGUGGGCGUUUCCCGCCGCCUCGUGGGUAUUCUUGCGCCAGCCCCUCGGUCUGAAGGAGAGACCUGACCCCGGACACCAACGGAAAGGAGGCGCUCCCAUCCUGGUUAGCGAUGGUAUUUUUUAUUUUUUAUUAAAUAACAUUGAAAGAAACCCCGCCCUCAAUUUUUCAUCCAUUUUUCUUUGACUCAGAGGCCUUUUAAAAUUACAUACAAUAACUCAACAUUAUCCAAGGCCCGGGGUUCCACAAAUGAACAGAUUCUGUCAUCUCUGCGCUGAAGGUGUUACCUCGUUGCCUUAGCGAGUCCUGAGUGGGUGUCGUUGUGGAUGAACAGUUUACCCGUCCUUCUCUUGCCAGCGUUACGUGGCCCCCGUUCCGUGUAGGGCUCACCCCGUGUUUCUCCUGUCUGUAUGGAAGCCACCUGGAGUGCCUUAUUUUGCACACCGUUUACAUUCCAACUUAGUAUCCCUCUUAACUUUCAGAUGGAGAUAAUUUAAGUUUAAAAUAAAUGUAUUCAUAAACCAUAAGUAAUAAACCAACUCAAAUGUCACUAUUAAAGAUUUAUAAAUGCAUGACACAAAUAAAUAGGUGGUCAAACCAAUGACUUAAAAACAUGCCUAAAACAGAUGAUGUCACCUUGUUGGAUAAUGAAACAUUUGAAAAAAAAAAAAAAAA